CAGCUCGUCUCUCGUCCUCUCUCAGGAGUGAGGAACGAGAUAUUUCAGAAUUUCCACCUCUCUCGUUCUCUGUGUCUCCGAUUACUUAGUGUUAGGACAGGUCUCCCUAUUUUAUUUUUAAUCAAGUUUAAGUUUAGUAAUUAGUAAUUAGUGCCCUCCCCGCCUUUGAAGCCCUUCCGCUUCUCUUAUAUAAACCCCUGUCCUCCUUGCUUUUGGAGAGCCAAUUUCAUCUCUUCUUCUGUAUUUGUCUUUCUGAGAUAAAUAAUGGAUUUCUCUAGUUCGUCCCUUUCUUCCAUGGUGCCAGUCGUGGUCGUCCUCUUGCUUUUGUCCUUGGCCAUGUCUUCCGCCAUGGACAUGUCGAUCAUAAGCUACAACAAGGAGCAUGGACUAACGUCCGGUGGGAGGACCAAUGAACAAGUUAAGGCUCUUUACGAGACUUGGCUCGUCAGACACGGUAAGGCUUAUAACGCUUUGGGGGAGAAGGAAAAGAGGUUCGAGAUCUUCAAGGAUAACCUUAAGUUCAUCGACGAGCACAACUCUCAGAACCACACCUACAGGCUGGGUUUGAACCGGUUCGCCGAUCUCACCAACGCCGAGUACCGGGCUUUGUAUUUGGGCAAGAAGCCCAACCCCAACAAGAGGGAUUCCAGGGCCAAAAGCAACCGAUACGCUUUCCAGGCCGACGACGACUUGCCUUCGUCCGUCGAUUGGAGGGAAAAAGGUGCCGUCGUUCCCGUCAAAGAUCAGGGCAGUUGUGGGAGUUGCUGGGCGUUCUCGACCGUUGCGGCGGUGGAGGGGAUAAACCAGAUCGUGACCGGCGAAUUGAUAUCGCUGUCGGAACAGGAGUUGGUGGAGUGUGACACAUCGUAUAACCAGGGAUGCAACGGAGGCCUUAUGGAUUACGCCUUCGAGUUCAUCAUCGAGAACGGCGGCAUUGAUACCGAAGAGGAUUACCCCUACACAGGUCGCGACGGCCAAUGCGAUACCUAUCGGAAAAAUGCACGUGUUGUUACAAUUGAUUCGUACGAAGAUGUUCCGGUGAACGACGAGAAGGCCUUGCAGAAGGCGGUGGCACAUCAACCCGUCAGCGUUGCCAUUGAAGCUGGUGGCAGGGCCUUCCAGCUCUACCAGUCCGGUAUAUUCACAGGACGAUGUGGAACAGCGCUGGACCACGGUGUGAUCACAGUAGGAUAUGGCUCAGAAAAUGGUGUAGACUACUGGAUUGUCAGGAAUUCGUGGGGUAGCAGCUGGGGUGAGGAGGGGUAUAUUAGGAUGGAGCGUAACCUGGCCAGCACAGAUAACGGCAAGUGCGGAAUUGCAAUGGAGGCAUCGUAUCCCAUCAAGAAGGGACAGAACCCUCCUAACCCAGGCCCUUCUCCCCCCUCUCCGGUGACGCCCCCCACCGUCUGUGAUGGUUACUACUCGUGUCCUGAGAGUAACACUUGCUGCUGUGUCUACCAAUUUGGCAGCUUCUGCUUUGCAUGGGGAUGCUGCCCACUAGAGUCUGCUACCUGCUGUGAAGACCAUUACAGCUGCUGCCCACAUGAGUUUCCCGUUUGCAACAUUGAUGCAGGGACCUGCCAAUUGAGCAAUAACAACCCCUUGGGAGUCAAGGCAUUGAAGCGCACUCCUGCCAAACCCUUCUGGACUUUUGGGAGUGCAGGACGUCGAAAGAGCAGCAGCCGUGCUUAGAGAAUUCUCUCUGCGUGUGUGUUCUGGGCCGGCCAGGAAGAAGCUAGAAUGACAAGGGUGCAAUGAAAGAAUGCGAUUGCGAUUAGCAUGAUGAACAACAGCUAUAUUACUAGUGAUGAUCUUCCUAUAUCCGGCUUGGUUUAAGAUUGCACAAGGAUGGAUGAUUCUGAUGUAGAGUUCUACAUGAAUCAUGAUAUAAUAUUUCCUCAUUGCACACCCCUACACCCCUACUGGUGGGUGGGGUAUUGUAGUAUAUAUAUUUUGUAUAUAUGAUAUUCACCAACUACUGCAAUUAUUUGAUGAUGAAUUAAUUGUCAAUCCAUAUUCUGUCAGGUCUCCAAUAAUUAAUUGUUUCUGUGGCCUUGUUUAA